CGAAGUUGGCAGUCCUGAAUGUUCUUAUGCACAAAUGCUGUAUGCUCGAGAUUAGAUUUCGUCAAAAUGGCAAUUUUGGAAUACUCGGAAACAUUCAUAGCACCGGGAAAGUCGUCAUGGAAAAACGUCCACAACUGUAACCUAUGUCUGUAUUUCACGACGUCGUAUUUCUUUAUGGUGAACCACGUGAGACGACACCGCGCCCCCCUGGAACGAUUUACGUGCUCAGAGGCCGAAAUGGAACAUUACUAUUGCAAAGACUGCGAUUUUAAAUCGGAACUGUCGGUUCUAUUCAAGUUACACAUUAAUAAUCACCACGGACUUAAAAGAGAAUCAAGUGAGGACUUUGUUUUACAAAACUACGUUUGCGAAAAUUGCCACUUCCAAACAAAUUUGUCGUUAAAGUGGCUGCGACACACUUCACAAUGUACAGAAAAAAAUAAAAAUUGGUACUACUGUCCAGAAUGUAGCUACAAAGCCAAAUUCAAACGUAACCUAAAACUUCACAUUGAAAGUCGCCAUUUAAACAAACAGUACGAAUGCGGCAAGUGUCCAUUUAAAAGCAGGUGGAAAACUUCCGUAAGAAUCCACCUAAAGAUGGUCCACUUGGAUGAGCAAGACGGUGAAUGGCACAAGUGCCAAAAAUGUCUUUUCAAAACUAGAAUAAAAAGUCACUUGAGCAGACACAUGAACAACUUACACUUGAACGAAGGCGACAUUAAAUGGUACGAAUGCACCGAGUGUCCGUUCAAAACCAAGUAUAAACAGUCGUUAAAGUCACACGUAACCGCAAAACACCAAGAUGAAGAAAAAGUUAGGUGGUACGAAUGCAAAAAGUGUCCAUUCAAGACCAAACUAAAACCGGUAUUGAAAACCCACAUAUACAACUUACAUCCGAACAAGGAAGACGUUAAAUGGUACGAAUGCAAACAAUGCCAGUUUAAAACUAGGUACAAAAUAUAUUUAAACAAGCACGUAACUACGAGACAUCUAGACGAGGAAAAAGUUGAGUGGCACCAAUGUGAACAUUGUCCUUUUAAAACCAAGUUGGAAAGUAGUUUAAAAAAACACGUACAGUUCAUGCACGCGAACGACGAGGAUAUUAAAUGGUUCGAAUGUAACGACUGCCCUUUCAAAUCUAAAUAUAAAAAACAUUUAAAAACGCACGUGUUGGUGAAACAUUCGGACGAAAAAAUUAAGUGGUUCAAAUGUAAACUGUGUUUAUAUAAAACUAAACGGGCAGAGAAUUUAAAAACCCACAUAAACAGUCGGCAUUUAGAUGAAGCCAAAAUCAAGUGGUUCGAAUGUCAACAGUGUCCGUUUUUUACUAGGGACGAAGGCGAUUUAAACCAACACGUAACCGCGAAACAUCCAGCCGAAGAAAAAGUUAAGUGGUACGAAUGUGACAAGUGCCCGUUCAAAACCAAACUAAAAAGUAGCUUAAAAAACCACACAAACUACUUACAUUUAAGCGACGCGGACGUUAAAUGGUACGAAUGCGACCAAUGCCAAUUCAAAACCAAGUAUAAACGGUCUGUGGACGCUCACGUCACUGCUAAACAUUCCGGCGAAAAAAUCGAGUGGUACAAAUGUAACAACUGCCCAUACAAAACUAAACAACCCGAGCUUUUAGAAAGUCACAUAAAUUGUCAACAUUUGGACGAAGCCAAAGCCAAGUGGUACGAAUGUGCGAACUGUUCCUACAAAAGUAAAAAACAAUGUGACUUAACCAAGCACUUAAAAGUGCAUUUAGAAACGAAGUCGUAUCAGUGCGGGUAUUGUCCAUACAAGGCGAAACGCAGCGACGAUUUAAAAACUCACAUAAAUUGUCGACAUUUAGAUGGAGCCGAAGCGAAAUGGUACAAAUGCGAACGCUGUCCUUACAAGAGUAAAAGUGGAGCGUCUUUUUAUAGACACAGACGGAACGCGUGCGGAAUUUAGCAAUUUUGUGACUCGAAUAAAUAAAAAAUCAAA